AUGUCUACAGGAAAUUUUCGUUGGUCAAAUUCAAGGCUUCUAAAGAGUUCAGACGAUUGCUAUAGUGGGCACCCUUAUGCUCUCAUAAUAUUGAAUCAACCUAUUUCACGUCGUAAUAAAGUUUUCCACAGAAUAUGGGAAAAUGCUCACCUAAAGAUUUGCGCGGAUGGCGGUGGAAAUCAACUUUAUGAAGCCUUCAAGGAUACUGACAGGCAGAAAGUAUAUAUUCCACACUACAUUAGAGGUGACCUAGAUUCAUUGAGGGAUGACGUUCGAAAAUUCUAUAUAUCACAAGGUACUGAAAUUCAACGAGAUGCUGAUCAAGACUCAACAGAUUUCAUGAAAUGCAUUGAGUUGAUUCGUAAAAAGGAACAAGAAUUUUCCAUUAAGUAUGAUGUAGUCGCUCUAGGUGCUCUUGGAGGCAGAGUUGACCAGGCAAUGUCAAUCAUCCACUAUAUGUAUAAGCUAAAGAGUGAACGAAUAAUUUAUUUUUUAUCAGAUCAGAGUAUGACUAUUUUGCUCGAUAAAGGAACUCAUCAAAUACAAUGCGAUCGGGCAAUUGAAGGCCCAACAUGUGGGAUAAUACCGAUUGGUAUAGAAAAGGCCGUUGUCACGACUACUGGACUACGAUGGAAUCUACUUAACAGCUCUACGUCGUUUGGUGAGAUGAUUAGUACAUCUAAUCAUUUAAUUGAAGAUGUAGUAACGAUCGAAACCGAUUCACCAGUCUUGUGGACAGUGGAACUGAAAAUUUAA